AUGAAUGCUAAAACCUUCUCUCAUUAUUUUAAACAAAUCGAUUUAUUCACUAAACCUGUUCAACUGCUAAUCAAAAAAGAAGAAGGUCAUAAGACGAUUAUGGGAGCCACACUCUCUAUGAUUGUUAUAGUUGUGAUGUCUAUUUUUUUUGUGAAUAGCAUAAUUGUUUAUGCAGAUCGUUCAAAGCCUGUCACAUUAACAACAGAAGUAUAUCAUGCAGAACCAAAUUUGUAUGAGUUGAGACCCAACAAUUUUACUUUAUAGUUUGGCUUUUAAGAUUCUUCUUUUGCCACUUAUAUAGAUGAAUCGAUAUAUUUUGUCGAACCUUUACUUGUGAGCAAAUCAGUAGAAAUGUAUGAAAUUAUACUCAUUUUAGAAUUAAUGGAACUUAAUAAGUUCGAUAUAAUUAUGUUGAAUUACCUCUAGUCUAGUGUUCAAAAGAUAUAAUAAAGUAAGAUUCAUUAGCUGAAUAUUUUUCACAUUUUGAUCUUUCUACAAAUUAUUGCAUAGAUUGGAAUACAAUUGAUAAGAUUAAUAUGCAAGGUACAUUUGAUGCUGUGAAUUAUCAAUAUAUUUUACUCAAAUUUAAAAUGUGUACUGAAGAUAAUAAAAAAAAAAGUAUACUUAACAUUUAUAUUAGAUGUUCCAAAAUGCAAGAGUAAAGAAGAAAUAAUGAAAAAGUUAACUCACAAUUAUUUAUCAUUAUAAUUAUCAUCCUACUAUGUAGAUUUAUAAACAACUUAAAAUCCUUAUAUACCUAAAGGUGAAGAUUUAUUUACUACAAUAUCAAGUUAAAUUUUCAAAGAAAUUACUAUAUAUUUAUAACCAGUUACGACAUAUACUGAUUCAGGAGCCUUCUUCUAAGAUUUUCAUUAUGAUACAACACUCAAAUAUUUGCAUCACACUGAAAUGAUUGAUUUUAAUGAAGAAGAUUUAUUAGCAAAUGUUGCAAUUAGAUUACAUACAAUAGAAUAAGUAAACUACAGACAGUAUUCAAGAAUCUAAACUUUAUUAGCUGAAUUAGGUGGAUUAUGGAAUGUCUUAUUCACAAUUGCUAUGUUAAUUUAAAUACCAUAUAGUACAAUUUCAUAUAAACUGUAAAUAAUCAAUUCAUUAUUCAACUUUGAUGGAUAAGAAGAGACUAUUAAUGAUGAUUAGGAUAAUUAUUUACUUGAUUAACAAGAUGCUCCUAUUAUAAAUAGUAAAUAAUCAAGUAAAAUUUAUGUAGAGAAUAUUCAAAAAAAUACUUUAAAUGAUAUCUAAUAAACAAAUAGAAAAUUAAUCUCCCCUAUUAAAUAAAAUACUCCUCUCAAAAAGUCAAAGUUUUAGAGAUAAGAUUCUUUUAGAUCUUCUAUUAAAUCAUCUUAUAAGGUGUAAUAAAAAUUAUAAGAACUGAAUUAAUAAUGUAUGAAAAUAUAAAAUGCUGCUACAUUAGAUGAAGAUAUUAAAGUUAAAACUAUUGACAAAUUAAAUUAACAAGUCAAAGGGUUCUUUUAGACUGUCUCUAAAAAAUUAAAUAUCCCUUAUUAUAAAUAUAUGCUUAGUUCCUUGAAAUUAUAUUAAGAUGAUUAAUAGAUUAAAUAAAUGAAUUUCUCUAUAAAUAGAAUGGAAAAAUCUUUCGAUAUUUUAUAUAUUAUAAAGAAAUUACAUGAGAUUGACAAAUUAAAAAUGAUUUUAUUAACUAAAGAAUAAAUAAAACUAUUUGAUUAUUUACCUAAACCUACUAUAGCUUCCAAUCCUGAGAAAGAAAUUUAAGGAAAUCAAUAUUUCUCUAUCUUAAAACCUCUGAAAAGUAAUUAUUAAAUGGCUCUUGAAGCCUAAUAAGCAUAUAAGGAAAUAUUAUUUAAGAUGCAUGAUCCUAUAAAUAAACAUUUAAUAGAUUGUAUGGAUGAAAAUAUUUUAGAAUUUUUAUAAUUCUAGUUAUAUCGAAAUGAUGGUGAAUAAUAAGAUGAAGACAUAUUAAAUGAUGGAACUAUUUAAGAAACUAAAUAAAAAAGAGUAAAUUCAGAAUAAAUGUUAGAUAACUUUGAUAAUGUGAGUUAAUAAAACAGUUGA